AUGGGUUGUAUGCGAUCCAUAUGUGGUGGGAAUCCGAAGAGCGAUGUGAGACCGUGUCGGCCAGAUGGCAGUGAUUGCGGUGGCUUCAAUCAGAGGAGGUUUGCAGGGGUUGCUUUGAAAGGAGGGGGAAAUUUUUAAGGUGUAAUAAAGUUGAUACAAAUUUCUAUAAACCUCAGGCAAACGUUAAAUAUUUAAUAGAAUUCAUUGAUUUUUUCGCAAUCAAACAUCCUUAUAAAACGAUUUCAAAUAUUGUUUAGACACGACCACAUCAUCCUCCCCGCUUCCGAUAUCGUCUGCCCGUUAGAGGAGGCUAUUUAUGCGCCAUUCGACGGAAAACUUUCUUACUACCAGCCAUUCGGAGGGGAGUCUGAUUACCAGUGUGCCGAUCAAGGCGUCAGAAUCGAUGGAACCGGGCAAUGGAGAGGCUACCACGUCCUAAUUUACUCAGUAGUACCUUUUCGGUAUGGUGGUGAUGUGGUUGCAGGCGAGAAGUUGGGCACCGCCGGACAAUACGAAUGCAUUUUGAGUCAGAAGGCGCAGAAUCCGCAAAAUUAUGUGCGCGUGGAGCUGUUUAGGGACGGACAGCCCGUGGAUAUUACUCAUCAUUUGACUGAUUGUAGGUCGGAGCAGAAAGUAGUAUAAGGAAGUUUGAGUUUAGGCAUGUGUACGGGACAGAUUUGCGAGACAAAUCAUAAUAACAGGAUCGUGGGACAACCAUUCGCGUCUAAAAGGUGAGACUUUUUAGACGCGGUUUUAGAUUCCGACCAUAUAUAAUGUCUGUCAUAACUUCCCACAAACGCAAGCUUCAAGAUGUUCGUCACUAGACCAACCAAAAAAACAGCUAAUUCUUUCGUUAUCUGUUAAUUAUUUCCUAAUCCUUCAGCUUAUUCAAUGGCAUUCGCGGCUGGGAAAUUGCAUGUCCCCUUAGGGAAGAGAACUCCGAAGAAAUUGCCGAUGCCUCGUAUGAAGAUGCACCACUUGCUCCAACCAUCUACAGGUAAGAAAGCCGAGCGACUCUAGAUUGAAUUAACUUUCAGCCCGAUUGAAGGGGAAAUCUUGGGUCGAAUGAGGCUAAACUUCAAAAACAACGUCUAUGCGGGAUGCAGCAACGAGGCUCUCUUUAUUCAAGGGACUGGAACCUGGACUGGUAGGAGUCUAAAUAGAUAAGCUAUGACUUUUCAGACUACGACGUCAAAAUCUUCAACGUUCGCUAUCGCGAAGAGCUGGGAUUUGGCCGCAAACAUAUCGAGCAAGGUCAACCCGUGGGCCGACGACUGGUGUGCCCAGACUCGACUGAUUCCAUCUUUCUGGAGGUCCGUUUCCAAGGAACCGUCAUCAAUAUCACUGACGCGAUUUUGGCCAAAUCUUGCCGCCACAAACUGCCCGAUGGACUUUUGUGA